AUGGCACUAGUUUUGUACACUGGCAACGAACUGGUAGGUUUAUUUUCUCCUGAAGUUCGAGAGAAAGGAAUGGAGAUUUUUAACCGUAUACCUGGUACCUUAUUGAAAUUCUUGGAUGAGAAGAAGAUCAUUAAAAAAGUUUUGUUCAAAGAUGACAUAUUGGCUAUCGGAAAAAUCAUGGGUACUGAAAAACAGAAAGAUUUGAAUAAUUUUAAAAAAAGUCUACGUGACUCGAUCAAAUCACGUUUCCGACAGUCGAAUGUGACUGAAAUUCAACCGGAGGAUUUCAGUGAAGAUAUUACCGCGCAUUACCGUGAUCAAUCAAGGUCAUGGGCUAAACCAGGUGAAAAAUUAUCAACGAUCGUUCGAUACACGAAAGAAUAUCAAGUGAAGAAUCUUCAACAAUGGACGAAAGUUCAUGCGUAUGUGUACAUACAUAUCAUCGAAGAAUGUGAAAACAAUUGGUUCGGAAAUAAUAAUUAUAAAUUCGGAUAUGAUUUAUCAAUUGAAUUAACCGGAAUCUCGAUCGAUACUGCCAAAGCAUUAAAAUUUAGUCAAUUAGUUGCUCAAGGAACAGUCUUAGAUUCAAUUCGAGCCAUCGAAGCACAGACAACAUUAACAUGGAACGAUUUGUAA